AUGACUCGGUCGGUGGUGCUCCUCGAGGGCGUCGAGUUGGACGGUCGAGCACUGGUCGAGUUCGGGGUGCCGGACCCAUCGACGUUUCCAUUCGAAGAAGAUGCCAUGGAUUUGGAGAUGGCUAGCAAGAGGGACCAAUGGGACUGGACUGAUUCUUGUCUUCUUUUGUGGACUAGGAAGAGUUUUCUAAGGGAUUCUCGUGAUCAACGGACUGCUUCCAUGAGGGGGAGGGGAGAGGAGAGAGAUCGACCGGUCGGUGAUUGA